UUUGACGACUGUGGCAACCCUUCCACCAGUACUAUACUGGCCAUGGAUGGUUUACCACGUCAAUAUCUAAACCCACCUGGUUCAAGGCCCACCUGAGGCCCUCCUGAGAUUCAUGUGACCGCAUAAGUGCAAACCUAAAAAUGAUGUGGGUGAGGAGUAAUCGAGCGAAGCUACAAGAUCCUCCUUUCACAAGAGCAAACCUGUCGAAUCUGUGUUGCGCUGACCCUGGGGGUCCUUCAGAUGAGAAGCUCAGAGCAAAGCCCCUGCCAUAAGGCACAUUCUUCCACAAGCAAGAGGGGGGAUGGGAGAGGAGGUUUUGUUGGUCUGGCUCUCCCCCCACCAUGUGCAUACCAGUGACAAAAAACCCACAACCAGACACUGAGCUGCAACCAACAGGAGCACAAACACACCACUGGACUUCUUCCAGAUACUCUACAUGGAGGAAAACAGAUUCUCAGGAUGUAGAUGCAGUUAUAAGGAUCAUUUCUCAUUUUUAGUUUUCCGUUGAAGAAGAAGGGGGUGGUGCGUGUGAGCAGGAGAUCCUGUUACAGAGGUCCAGACUUUUUUCAAGUUUUUUUUUUUUUUUUUUGAAAGUGGGGGUAGGGCGAAGCAACAUUUUCUGUUAUGCUUUUCUUCCUAAAACCAUCCAGCAAAUACUUCAUAUAAUUUGGAACUCAUCAGUCAAUAUUUUUGUUUCUUUUUUAUUUUUUACGUUUUGGGACUAUUGGAGCUGAAUAAUGAGGAAAUUUAGGACGAUUCUGUGGGACACGGACGAAAAGUGCAAAAGCAAAACGUUUGAGAGGACUGCGAGAAAACUUUAGAGAAAAAACACCCCGCUGCAGCUUUUCUGCAGUAUGGAAACUUAUAAAUCAGAUGUAGAAACCAGCUUUCACCAGAGAAGCUUGUAGUUUGGUAGCUGAAGCCUCAAGAAUUUUGGAAUCCGUUGGAUUUUUUUCCCCCUCAGGUCUGUCUUCUCUCCCAAGAUGUCUUCCCAGGGUCGGAGCCCCAUUGUUGGGAUGCUUUGCGUCUGGGCUGCCUGGCUGUCGGGCUGCAGGGCAGUGAUGGCCCCGAACGGGACUAUGUUUGAGGACAACUGCAAGAAAACCUCCACUUGUGAGGUGCUUAAAUACAACACAUGUUUGGGUUCACCUUUACCCUACACCCAUACAUCUCUGAUCCUGGCGGAGGACUCCAGCAGCCAAGAGGAGGCUUUUGAGAAGCUGACCAUGUGGUCUGGAUUGCGAAACGCCCCACGUUGCUGGUCAGUCAUCCAGCCACUGCUCUGUGCCGUCUACAUGCCGAAAUGCGAGAAUGGCCGAGUGGAGCUGCCCAGCAAGAGCCUGUGUCUGGCCACACGUCGCCCAUGCAGCAUUGUGGAUCGGGAGAGAGGAUGGCCCAAUUUCCUCAAAUGUGACAAAUUCCCUGUGGGCUGUUCGAAUGAAGUGCAGAAGCUGAAGUUCAACACGUCAGGCCAGUGCGAAGCCCCUCUGGUGAAGACAGACAUACAGUCGAGUUGGUACAAGGAUGUAGAAGGCUGUGGUAUCCAAUGCGACAACCCCUUGUUCACCGAAGAGGAGCACAAUGACAUGCACACCUACAUUGCUUACUUUGGCACAAUCACACUCCUCUGCACCUUUUUCACUCUGGCCACAUUUCUUGCUGACUGGAAAAACUCGAACCGCUACCCGGCUGUCAUUCUCUUCUACAUCAACGCCUGCUUCUUUGUGGGCAGCAUUGGCUGGCUCGCCCAGUUCCUGGACGGAGCACGCAAAGAGAUUGUGUGCAAGAGUGACAACACCAUGCGGCUCGGGGAGCCCUCGUCUUCAGAAACGCUCUCGUGCGUCACCAUCUUCAUCAUCGUCUAUUACUCCUUGAUGUCAGGCGUGAUUUGGUUCGUCAUGCUGACCUACGCCUGGCACACCUCCUUCAAGGCUCUGGGUACAACUCACCAGCCGCUGUCCGGACGGACCUCCUACUUCCACAUGGUGACCUGGUCCAUUCCCUUUGUCCUCACUGUGGCCAUCCUUGCUAUAGCUGAGGUGGAUGGAGACUCUGUGAGUGGGAUCUGCUUUGUCGGCUACAAGAACUACCAUUACCGAGCCGGGUUUGUGCUGGCGCCCAUUGGAGUGGUGCUUGUUGUUGGUGGUUACUUUCUCAUUCGGGGUGUCAUGACCUUAUUUUCCAUCAAGAGUAACCACCCAGGACUACUGAGUGAGAAAGCAGCCAGCAAAAUCAAUGAGACAAUGCUGAGACUAGGUAUAUUUGGAUUCCUUGCCUUUGGCUUUGUUCUCAUCACAUUCGGAUGUCACUUCUAUGACUUCUUCAACCAGGCUGAAUGGGAGAGGAGCUUCAGAGAAUAUGUGCUAUGUGAAGCCAACGUGACAAUCGCCUCUCAAACCAACAAGCCCAUCCCAGAAUGCACCAUUAAAAACCGUCCCAGCCUGAUGGUGGAGAAGAUCAACCUGUUCUCCAUGUUCGGCACAGGAAUCGCCAUGAGCACCUGGGUCUGGACCAAAGCUACCUUCCUCAUCUGGAAACGCACUUGGUUCAAGAUCAUUGGUCGAAGUGACAAUGAACCUAAGAGGAUAAAGAAGAGCAAGAUGAUUGCUAAGGCGUUCGCAAUGAGAAAGGAGCUCCACAAGGACCCGGAGAAGGAGCUGUCCUUCAGCAUGCAUACUGUGUCACAUGAUGGCCCAGUGGCUGGAAUCAAUUUUGACCUGAAUGAGCCGUCAAAUGAUGUUUCAUCAGCAUGGGCGCUCCAUGUACCCAAGAUGGUCGCCAGACGGGGAGCCAUUCUGCCUCAGGACAUUUCUGUCACUCCCACUGGGACUCCAGUGCCCCCUCCAGAGGAGAGGAACAGACUGUGGAUGGUGGAGGCAGACAUAUCACCUGAGAUGAUAAAGAGGAAAAAGAAGAAGAAGAAAAGGAGGAAGGAGGUACGUAACCCUGACGUUGUGGUGGAAAACCAGACUCGCCUUCAGCGAGAGUUUGGCCGCAGCUCAGUUCCUCGCCUGCCGAAACUUCCCUGCCACCCAAGCCUGGUGGCCAAUCUGCGUGAACAGCAGAGGCAGCAAACACUGGAGCAGGGCAUCCUGCCGGGCUCGUUGCCAGAUUAUGAACCCUGCGAGGAAAGGUGUUCAUACUUGGAGUGCCGGAGCAGCAGAAAUGGUUACCUGAUGACCCGAGUUGAUUGUCCAGAAAAUCUGGGCCUCAGGCCAAGCUGUCACCCUUUUACUUCAAACUGGCAGCCCAGUGGAUCGUCAGUGUACCCCAGAGAGGUGGAGCGUACUGACGGACUGUCAGAGAGAAUGGCUCAUGUGGCUCGGGUACCGGCGGGCCGCAGGGCAGGCUACGGACCCAUCCACUCCAGGACCAAUUUAAUGGAGGCGGAGCUUAUGGAUGCUGACUCUGACUUUUAAAACAGCAGAGUAAGCAAGAAAAGAAAAAAAUUACCUUUAAGUAACUUUUAAGAGAUUCUUACUCAAGUGUACCAGUUCCAACAUCACUAAGAUCCUAAAUAUACGAUUAAAGUCUCUGUUAUUUACAUUGA